AUGGCUGGUGGAAUCGAGUGGUAUAAUGACUUCACACCAGACAUCAGAGAGCUGUUGAGCUUACUUCCAUUUCGAGUGGAAGUGUUGGGUGAAGAGAUUCAAAGGUCGGUUCCACCAGAAGACGACGGCGAUUGGCUUUACCGGAAGAUUCAUGCUGACGCUGUUUCCGAGGCAAUCUCUUCGAUUCCGGUGAAAACGUGCCAAGCUUUCGUCCGUCACAUGAUGGACAUCAUCAGAACGAGCCUUGCUGUCACAAAAGUUGUUCUCAUCCAGCCACCAGUGGACUGCAGUUUCGACCGCGCAUCAUCUGUUCCUAUCAACACUCCCCCAGCGGGAGUCGAACCGCGACAGUGA